UCGCUCUGGCUGGGCGCGAAAGCUCGAACAGUGUUGCCUGACUGGAGACCGCGGGAGCAGCUGCACCCCGGCUAAGAGAACCGAAGACCUGCUCCGUUACAGCAAAGCGACGGGGAAGCCGGAGUCAUGACCCGCGAAUUGUUUUCUGAGGUUCACCUAGAAAUCAGUGAUCCAAAGCUCAUUUCACAGGAAGAAGCUGAUAGCCCUUCAGACAGUGGACAAGGCAGCUGCGAAACAAUUGUGCCCUUGAGUGACAGAGAUUCAGAUGAAGAGAUAUUCGUGAGUAAGAAAUUAAAAAGCAGGAAGGUGCUACAAGACAGUGAGUCUGAGAGAGAGGACACAAAUGCCUCUCCAGAGAAAACUCCCUAUGACAGUGUCGAGGAGGAAAAUAAAGAGAAUUUAUAUGCCGGAAAAAAUGGAAAAGUCAGAAGGAUUUACAAAACUCUGGCAGACAGUGCUGGAAGUGACAUUGAGGAGUCUUUGUACCAGGAAAAUCUUGAAACUCGGGUGAUACCUUGUUUAGAGCGGAGUCUCCAAUCUGAAAACUCUGUGGACUUCACAGUUGACAGAAAGAUUUCCAAAAAACCCAAAUGUGAUAAAGAAGGAAUUGAAGGAAAAGCAAAAGUAAAAUCAAAGAGAAGACUUGAGAAAGAGGAAAGAAAGAUGGAAAAAAUCAGGCGACUAAAAAAGAAGGAAAUGAAAAAUGAGGAAGAUGAUGUGGAACAGCCAUUUAAUGACAGUGGCUGUCUUCUUGUGGAUAAAGACCUUUUUGAAACUGGGCUGGAGGAGGAGGAGGAGGAAAAUAACUCUGCAUUGGAAGAUGAAGAGUCAUUAGAAUCGAUAAGGGCAGCUGUGAAAAACAAAGUAAAAAAGCACAAGAAAAAGGAACUGUCUUUGGAGGGUGGGGUAUGUCCAUUUGAAGAAGAAACUGAGUUAUCGAAAGGCACCAUAAGGAAGGAAAGGAAGGCAGCCAGAUUAAGUAAGGAAGCAUUAAAAAAACUGCAUAGUGAAACUCAGCGCCUUAUUCGAGAGUCUGCACUUAAUCUUCCAUAUCAUAUGCCUGAGAAUAAAACCAUUCAUGAUUUCUUCAAACGUAAACCCCGACCCACUUGCCAGGGAAAUGCCAUGGCACUACUGAAGUCAUCUAAGUAUCAGUCAAGCCAUCCCAAAGAAACCACGGACACUGCAAAUACAAGUGAGAAGAAUAAUGACCACCAUAGCAAAGAUUCUGAUCAGACAACAGGUGCAGGAUAUGAAAUGGAAAUUAAUGCACUCCCUGAAGCUUUACAGGAACCCCAGAUCACAACUGGAUCAGAUGAGUCUUGCAGUAAGGAUUUGAUGGGAAGUGAAGAACAAGAAAUUCAGGAGAAACAGAAGCAGAGUGAUGAUAGACCUUUACCCGAGGACAGCUCCGUGGCACAACAGGAAUCCAGCUUCCUUGGGAAGGAGGACAAUGAGGAGUAUCAGGCCGGAGGGCUUGUGGCACCUGAACUUCAUGCUCUGGAGGGAGAAGAAGGCCUGAAGAAAACAGAAGAAGCAGAUGAGAAGGUGGAGGAGCCCGGGCAGCAAACUAAAUCAAUAAUUGUGCCACCUGAAAAAGCGAGGAGGUUCACUCUGGAUAGACUGAAGCAACUGGGGAUAGAUGUUUCCAUUAAACCUCGACUGGGUGCUGAUGAGGAUUCCUUUGUGAUACUUGAAGAACCUGAAACCAACAGAGAACUGGAAGCCUUGAAACAGCGUUUCUGGAAGCACGCCAACCCAGCGGUCAAGCCCAGGGCUGGUCAGAAGGUGAAUGUGAACAUCAUAGUGAAAGACGUGGACACUGAUGGCAGGGAAGAGCUGAAGGCAGAUGUGGUACCUGUGACUUUGGCAGCUGAGAAGCUGGAUGGAGCAAGCCACACAAAGCCAGGUGAAAAGCUUCAGGUGCUGAAAGCCAAACUACAGGAAGCGAUGAAACUCCGUAGGCUUGAGGAACGCCAAAAGCGCCAAGCAUUAUUUAAGUUAGAUAAUGAAGAUGGAUUUGAAGAAGAGGAAGAGGAGGAAGAAAUGACGGAUGAGUCGGAGGAAGAUGGAGAAGAGGAGGGAGAGGGAGAGUUAGAGCAAGAAGAGGAGGAAGAGAGAGAUUUAGAGCAAGAAGAGGAGGAAGAAGGCAAUCAGGAGAUUGCAGAAUUCCUUCUCAGUAGUGAAGAAAUGGAAACCAAAGACGAGAAAGAAAUGGAGAAAGACAACAGUGACGGCAGUAGUAACAUUGGCAAGUCAGUUGGCCUUCUCUCUGUCCCCAAACCUCUGUCAUCCGAUUCUACCUUACUUCUGUUUAAGGACCACUCUUCCAAGAUGGGUUACUUUCCUAGUGAAGAAAAAUCAGAAACAGAUGAAAUCUCAGGCAAAAGGUCUAGCAAACUGGAUGAAGAUGAUUCAUGCUCAUUGCUAACAAAGGAGAGCAGCCACAAUAGCAGCUUUGAGCUGAUUGGCUCCACGAUUCCAUCCUAUCAGCCUUGCAAUAGACAGACAGGCCGUGGGACCAGUUUUUUCCCUACAGCAGGAGGAUUCAGAUCUCCUUCCCCUGGGCUAUUUCGAGCCAGUUUGGUCAGCUCAGCUUCUAAGAGUUCAGGAAAGCUGUCUGAGCCUUCACUUCCCAUCGAGGAUUCCCAGGAUCUGUAUAACGCCUCCCCAGAGCCUAAGACACUUUUCCUAGGAGCCGGAGACUUCCAGUUUUGUUUAGAAGAUGACACUCAGAGCCAACUGUUGGAUGCAGAUGGGUUCUUAAAUGUUAGAAACCACAGGAAUCAGUACCAGGCUUUGCAGCCUGGCUUGCCAUUGGCCAGUAUGGAUGAGAAUGCCAUGGACGCUAACAUGGAUGAACUAUUGGAUCUGUGUACCGGAAAGUUCACAUCUCAAACUGAAAAAACUCAGCCCAGGAAGAAUGACAAGAAAGAGAACCUGGAGGAACUUCUGAAUCUUUGUUCAGGAAAAUUCACUUCUCAAGAUGCCUCUACUCUGACUCCAUCAGAGUUAAAUAAGCAGGAGAAGGAGAGCAGCUUGGGGGAUCCAAUGGAAGAAGCACUUGCUCUUUGCUCAGGUUCUUUCCCCACAGACAGGGAAGAAGAAGGUGAAGAGGAGGAAUUUGGAGACUUUCGGCUUAUCCCAAAUGAUAAUGAGUUUGAUAGUGAUGAGGAUGAACACAGUAACUCUGCUAAUGAAGAUCUGGCCCUGGAAGACCAUGAAGAUGAUGAUGAGGAAGAGGUCCUGAAGCAGUCUGAGAGGUUGAAAAGGCAAAUGAGAUUGAAGAAAUACCUGGAGGAUGAGGCAGAGGUGUCGGGGAGUGAUGUGGGAAGUGAAGAUGAGUAUGAUGGGGAAGAGCUUGACGAAUAUGAACAGGACGAAAUUGAUGAAGUACUUCCUUCUGACGAGGAGCUGCAGAAUCAAAUCAAGAAAAUACACAUGAAAACGAUGUUGGAUGAUGAUAAGCGAGAGCUACGUUUAUACCAAGAGAGGUACCUCGCUGAUGGGGAUCUACACAGUGACGGUCCUGGCCGAAUAAGGAAAUUCCGAUGGAAAAACAUAGAUGAUGCUUCCCAGAUGGACUUGUUCCACAGAGACUCUGAUGAUGAUCAGAUCGAAGAGCAGCUUGAUGAGACAGAAGCCCGUUGGAGGAAGGAGCGAAUUGAACGAGAGCAGUGGCUUCAGGACCAGGCACAGCAGGGGAAAAUUGCAGCUGAAGAAGAUGACAUUGGGGAAGACAGUCAGUUUAUGAUGCUAGCCAAGAAAGUUACAGCCAAAGCACUACAGAAAAAUGCCAGUCAUGCUGUGGUUACUCAAGAACCAAAGUCUUUACUCAGAAGUCCCUUUGAAGCCGUCAGGCCGGAAAGUGCCCACCAGCUGAAGACAGGCUCACUGCUAAACCAGCCCAAAGCUGUGCUUCAGAAACUGGCUGCCCUCUCUGACCUGAACCCCAGUGCACCCCGAAAUUUAAGAAACUUUGUCUUCCAUACACUUUCUCCUGUUAAGGCUGAGGCAGCGAAGCAAUCAUCUAAGCCUCAGGUAAGGAGAAGGGCUCCAUCUUUAAUGACAUCCCCUUCACCCAAGCGCCUCAAAACAGAUGAUAGCACUUCAGGAUUGAAGCAAAGCAUCUUCAGAUACUUGGAAAGCUAAUAUCAUCAAGGGUGCUGGCACUUAUGUUGAGACUGCUUUGAGAAGUUUCUGGCGUUGAAGAUUGGAACUGAUGCUCACAUGGAUGACCUCCCUCUGCUCCCCUUUAUAAUCAGUGCAUUAAGAUUACGGACAGAGAUUUCAGUUCUUUCCACUGCAUCGCUCUGGACGUCUUUUUCCUUUCCUAGUAUUAUUUCCUGGGUUGGCCACUAAUCUUAAUUCUGCAGUGUUUACAUUAAUUCAUGGAUGCUUGGGUGAAGGCUCACUUCCUCCAUUAUAUAUUUGACAUUUUAUCCUAGCAGCCUCCUGGUUUGAUAGCUCUUUGUGAAAGGGGUGGUUGGAGGAGGAGGAUGGAAAAGUGUGGCAUUACGGAAAAUUCCAGAAAACAGGGAAUGCCGAUGUCGAUGCCAGUGGGAAUCCUUCACACCCUAAGAUGUGCCCCACAGUGACCUGGACUCAGUGAAAGAGCCUUCUUGGAGGACCCCGGAAUCAACAGAUGGGCCGUUAUAUUUGUCUCGCCCCUUCCAUUUUCCUGUAUUCCUCUUCCCGAGGCAGCCUCAACUUGCCGAUUAACAUUUGCUUCCCCUAUAGUAAGGACUCAAAUCAGUACCCAAGUCAGAAAGAUGUUUGCCCUAAUUUUCUGGAUUACGAGGAUGAAGAUUAAGGGUUAUAUACACCCGGUGUCUUCCACAUUAUAUAUCCGAUGGGGCAGAGAGAGCUCUCUCCUGGGAUUAAAUUCUCAAUGUGAAACAAAGUUGCUCAAGGACCUCCCUUCUCAUCCUGACAAAAAGACAUAUAACCAUUAUUUAUUGCAUUCAACUGGAUUUAUUACAUUGCCCUGACCAGAGGACAACAGUUCAUUGCUUAUUUAGAGAGAAGACCACUAUCGAGUUUAUAAUCAAAAUAUUGUUGAAGAGAAUUGCCCCCCCACUCCCAAUUUUCCCUGAACAAUCAUGAGGCUCUCAGAAUUCUAGACAGAUCCUCCCCCGCACCCCCCAGAACUGAGUGUCACUGCUGCUUUGGAAAAACAUACCAUGUGAAUACUGUGGUUUCACUGUCAGGAACUGGACUUGACAAAUUGGAUGAAUUGUGCCAGUUUGUGAUGGGCAGAUGGGGAACACCAAUUUAAUUGCUGGAGUUAGGGUGUAGGUUUUCUACAGUUGUUUCUAAUACACAAGAUGCUGACUUUGAAUUUGUAUAUUUGUAAUCUUGUAAUGGGGAAAAUGUAUAUAAAGAUGUUUUAAUAUGUAUGUAGUGUUUCAAUAAAUCUCAGUGCCUGAAGGCAGGGUUUGCCAUCCAGAUUGGGUCCUCAU